CACAUCUUUUUUUUUUUUUUCUCAAUUUCAUUUUCAUUUCUGAAUUUGUGAUUUCUCAAUUUCAAAACAACCAAUGAAGCUAAAACCCUCUUUCAUGGCGUCUCCACCUCCUAAUUUCCUCCCAUCGCAGCCAUAAAAUCCUCGAAAAUCCUCACAAAUGAUUCUGUGGACAAAUCAAAUUCUGAGUUCCAUCCCACCACGCUCAACUCAAACCCCAUUAAAAUCAACUUCAAAAUCUCAUUCUUCGCUCACCAAUUUAGCUUGUUCAGUGAGCGUUGGACCCAGGAGAAGGUGUGAUUUAUAUGAUUUGCACCACGAGCUGGUACCAUAUGCCGAGGCCUGGUCUUGGCAAAAAGCCAUUGUGAAGGAGAAGAAAGCAAAUUACCAGAACAAUGUAAAUUUAGCUGAUUGCUUGAUUGUCCUUCAACACCAUCCUGUAUACACAUUGGGCACUGGUAGUUCGGAAGAGUACUUGAAUUUCGAUGUGAAAAAUGCACCUUUCGAUUUGUACCGUACGGAACGUGGUGGGGAGGUUACGUAUCAUGGCCCUGGCCAGCUGGUUUUGUACCCUAUUAUCAAUCUUCGGCACUACAAGAUGGAUCUGCAUUGGUACCUGAGGGCACUUGAAGAGGUGGUUAUUCGUGCUCUCUCAUCAGCAUUUGCCAUUCAAGCUUCGCGUGUCGAGGGCUUAACCGGUGUUUGGGUUGGUAAUGAGAAAUUAGCAGCCAUUGGCAUAAAAGUUUCGCAGUGGAUAACUUAUCAUGGCUUGGCAUUGAACAUCACCACAGACAUAACGCCCUUUGACCACAUAAUCCCAUGUGGGAUUCAAGACCGUCAAGUUGGGAGUGUAAAAGGUCUAUUGAAAGAAAAAUUUCGGCAGAAAGGGUACAGAGAAGGUGAUGAAAUUGGAUUUGAUGAUUACGAAUUGAUUGAUAUUGCUCAUAAAUCACUCAUCAAGGAGUUUUGUGAAGUUUUCCAAUGUGACUUAGGUGUAAAUUUAUGCGAAAAAGAGACUGGAAGUUUUGUCGACCCGUUAUAGAAGAGAGAUGGGAAAAGGGGGGAAAAAAGUGGCCCUUUACUUUUAAACUUACAAAUGCUGAUUUAAUGUAUUGUAAACACUGUUGGAAUAGAAAUAACAUUUUUGCAGUUGGACUCUUGAGGAGUAUACUCAAUUUGGAAAUAUCUGUUGGCUAAUGUGCUCAGGUGGAAACGAAAUAAUGUUGGCUUUGGUGGAUAUUGUUCUCCAUCUUUUUUUAUAUAUAUUUUAUUUAUCCUUUU